CUUUGGAUUUUUCUUUUUCUAGAGACUUGUCCUGCCAACAGCCAAUAUCAAUGCCCAGAGCCAGAACAUUGGAAAACGGAACUAGGUCUCUCCCUUACAAAACUCUAACCAACGCAACAGAGUAUAAACUCAGUUUACUCAGAACACAAACCAUUCUCGAAUAGAAUUUCAGUUCAGUUUUUCAAUAAAUUCUAGGUUCUUGUCUAUGUGUUCCGGAUAAUUCUCUUCUCUUCCCUUCAUCUCUCAAUCUUAGUUUCCUCUUUGGUCGGGGAGAAAACUGAAGAAAAAAGUUUUAACAUUUUUCUUCUAUCCUUGCACUAUAUUUUCUCAUUUCCCUCUAAUCACAUUAUUCAGCUUCUUUGAAGGAAAAAAAAAAAAAGCAGAAGCAUUGAAAUAGUACCCAAUUGAUCUCAGUAAGCCAACAUUCUCCUUGAAAUUACUUUACUUUUGGUAUUAUCUUAUAAAUUUCCAAGUUUGAAAGGGACGGCUGUGUUUGAUUUAUUGGAUUUGUUUGUUAAGGGUAUAUCUGGUCUUGUAGUUUACUGGGUCGUCGUUUACUUUCAAACUAUUUAUUGAAUGAUAGUACGAUGGCCGAGUCAACCAAAGUAAGGUUGGUUCGGUGUCCAAAGUGUGAGAAUCUCCUUCCAGAACUUGAAGAUUAUUCUGUGUAUCAAUGUGGUGGUUGUGGUGCUGUUCUUCGAUCGAAAAUUAAAAAUCGGGAGGCUGACACUUUAUCUGAGAAGUCGGAAGAAGAGAAGAUUGCAGAAGUUACCACAAAAUCCUCUAAUUCCUCUGAAAAGGAAAUAGCGGACUUGAGUGAUACUUCUGAUACAGAUAAGUCAAAUUCUGGUUCUUUGAGGUGUGAUCAAAGGGUCUCAGAGAAGAAUGAUUUUGAACUUGCUGACAGAUGUACAAAUCAAUCUAAGGUUACUAAUGACAAUUUGGGUGUUGAGCGUGGCCUUGAUGUGAACACGAAGAAAGAUGAAACAGAUAAUGCAAUAGGAAUCCAAAGUAGGAAUCUGAAUUCUCGAAUUGGAUAUACAGGUGGUUCCCAAAGAUCAGGACGGAUGUCAGAUUGGCAAACUGGAGAGAGAAGUGAGGUGGAAGGAUCUCGCAGAACCACCAGAAUUGAUGUUGGAGGUGUAAGGUUUCCGUCUUCAAGUUAUCCUGAUGAGGGCCCGUCAAAUUACCAUUCAGAUUCUUCUUACAGUUACAGGGAGCCAUUAAGGAAUCGUUUUGGUUUGGAUGGGGCUAAUAGAGUUCAGUACCUUCAAAAAGAUCGAGUUGAGCUUCUGAGGAAGCUAGAUGAGCUUAAGGAACAGCUUAGUCGGUCUUGUGACGUGGCAGAUAAACCAAAGGAGAAAGUUCCUGUUGAUGGGAGGAUAGUUCCUCCAGAUCCUUAUGGUGGUUCUGAUUCCUGGCUUCCAAAUGGUUCUUUGGGAUCAGAGAGGUCUUCAAUGCCUCUUUCGGGGCCUGAUAAACAUGUUGCAGGGCCUUCUUAUUUCAAUCAUGGCCCUGAUCCAUUUCCUUAUACAAAUGGCCAUGAAAUGCCUCUGCAUGGUUUACAUCCUUCAAUACAUAACCCAAAUCAUGUUCCUGGGUAUGGGGAUUCCUUUGGAUCCCAAAUGCUCAGGCGAGUGUCCCACCAGCUGCCCAGUCAAUACCAACCACCACCAUCUCAUCCAUACUUUUCGGGACAAUAUGUUGAUACAAAUCAUGAUCGUUUUGAGUCAUACCAGCAAAACACAAUCUUUCACCAGCCUCCCUGCUCUUGUUACCAUUGCUAUGACAAAAAUCAACGGGUUUCAGCUCCAGUUCAACCCACUGCUUUUGGCAACAAACCGACUAAUUCUAUGUUGUACCAUCAUGAGAUUCCAGAGGCAUUUGGUCCACGUGUUCAUAAUUUUAGGGCUGCUGUUCCUCCAUCAAAUUUGCACGGUCCACAAGCCCACACAAGAUGGCCAAGUGACCUUAAUUCCGAAAUGGGUGGUUUUGUUCGCUGCUGUCCUCGGAGGGUGGUUUUAGCCAGUGGUGGCCACCGUUGCCGUCCAAUAGCUGGUGGUGCCCCAUUUUUAAUGUGCAAUAAUUGCUUUGAGCUACUGCAACUGCCCAAAAAAGAAAAGCUUAUGGCUAAAAAUCAGCAAAAAUUGCAGUGUGGAACAUGUUCUUCAAUUAUCAAUUUUGAAGUCAUCGAUAAGAAACUUGUUCUUUCUGCUCAAGCUGAAACAAAACAGACUGCAGCAGAGGUUGAUUAUAGCUCUAGUGAGGCAGUGAAAGACUAUAUUUCACAUUCCCGUGGCCAUUUGGACCACAGUAGAGCUAAUUUCUCUUCUGAUGAUUAUGAUAACUCUGGUUAUGACUUUGAGGCAAUGGAUAGAGAGCCUGUUCCAUUGUCAACAGGCAAAGUUUUGAACUUAGGCAAGCCUCAGGAGAUGCAAAGCUUCCAUUCUUCAUCUCCUAGUACUUCUGGAGAUGAAACUAGUCCAGAGGUUUUAAUUGCUCAAAAAGAGGUCACAAACUCUAUUCAGCAGCCUAUUAAUACCACCCUGUCUCCACCACCUGCUGGUUCACCACUUCAAGAGCAUUUUGAGUAUUCUUCUAAUAAUCAUGCUGUUAAUAGAUUUGGAAAGGGGAACAGAAGUAGUCGCUCUGAUCAAGAGAAAUCGAUACCGAACAUGGUUACCACGAGACAAAAUUCAUUAAAAGAGGCAUCAUUGGCAACUGAGAUGGAGGUAUCAUUAAAUGAGUACUCUAAUACUGUGAUGUCACAAGAUUCAGGGGAUGCAAUCAGAGAAGAUGAUAUGCCUAGAAACAACAAAGGGGGUGAAUCGUUUUUCGCAAAUAUUUUCAAGAAGAGCUUCAAAACCGAAGAGCGUGGCAAAAGUAAUGUUUCUGUGAAUGGGCAUAUUAUACCAGACCGUGUGGUUAAGAAGGCCGAAAAGUUGGCUGGACCAAUUCAUCCUGGACAAUAUUGGUAUGACGUCCGAGGUGGAUUUUGGGGUAUCAUGGGCGGGCCUUGUCUUGGCAUAAUUCUUCCAUUCAUUGAAGAACUCAACUAUCCCAUGCCAGAAAACUGUGCUGGUGGAAAUACUGGAAUUUUUGUCAAUGGAAGAGAACUUAACCAAAAAGAUUUGGAUUUGCUUGCUCGGAGAGGACUUCCAACUGACAGGGAU